CCCGCUGUAAUCCCGCACGUCCCCGUUUUAUGUGGUUUUAAACGCUCACUCCUUUUUCAUCUGCGCCUGAAUCUGCUGCAAACUGAAGGCCAGCAACCAUCGCGUUAGGUGGGCGUUAAAUCUCCGCAUCAGCUGUAAAAAAAAUGGACUGAAACGGUUUAAUCCGGCCGGGCUUGUGUUGAGGGGGCGCAGAAGAAGAUGAGCCUUUUCUCCUCGCUUGAAGAAGCUGUGCUGCUGUGUGGGGGAGUGGGUUACAUCCUGUGGCGUUUCCUGUGUUUGUAAACUAGACGCGGCUGAAAAGCGUCGGGCGACUCGAGAUUAUUGUUUUAAUGCUAGAUGAGUGAGGUGGGUGUGGCUUCCCACCAGCCCGACCAUCCUGACUGACGGAUCUCUGGAUGACCUUGUCCCCACCCCUGUCCCUGCGCUCACAUAUACCACAGCAAUGUCACAUCUGCCCAGCAGCUCAGUCCGCGACCAUAUGAAAUGGGCGGGGCUGCUCGGCUGCGAAGCUGUCCUCUCCAGUAUGGCCCUGAUGCAGGCCAGCUCCAUGGCCGCUCCGCCCAAAAAAAUGAUGGCUCCGCUUGGCCAUGGACCACAGCAGAGAGAGGGACCGGACCGUGCUCCCCAGAGCCACAUGAUCCUCCCGUCUGGAAUGAGCUGUCCACCCCUGGUUAGGACUCACAUGGGAAAUCUUAUCCGGAAGGAAGGUGAAUUCCAAGCUCCACGCCUGCUGGACGAGAAAGAGAUGAGGGCCACCGAGGACAUGCAGCAGAAAAAAAAGAACAGGAAAUCAGUAACGCCCUGUAAAGUGAGAGAACAAGAAGGAAGGGGAGGGAAGGCGUUUAACUUCAUUCAAGGCGCGGGCGGAGAUGAGAACGGCCCGUCAUCCAAAGUGCAGAAAAACUUUAUUUGUGAUCACUGUUACGGAGCAUUUAGGAGCGGAUACCACCUAAAGAGGCACAUCCUCAUUCAUACAGGGGAGAAGCCGUAUGCUUGUGCCGUAUGUGACAUGAGGUUUAUUCAGCGUUACCACCUGGAGAGACACAGCCUCAUUCACACGGGGGUGAAGCCGUACGCUUGUUCCAUGUGUGACAUGAGGUUUUUCCAGCGUUACCACCUGGAGAGACACAGACUCACUCAUACGGGGGUGAAGCCGUACGCUUGCUCCAUGUGUGACAUGAGGUUCUUCCAACGUUACCAUCUGGCAAGACACAGCCUCACUCAUACUGGGGUGAAGCCAUACGCUUGCUCCAUGUGUGAUAUGAGAUUUUUCCAACGCUACCACUUGGCGAGACACAGCCUCACUCACACGGGGGUGAAGCCAUAUGCUUGCUCCAUGUGUGACAUGAGAUUUUUCCAGAGAUACCACCUGGCGAGACACACUCUCACUCACACGGGUAGGGUGAAGCCAUACGCUUGCUCCAUGUGUGACAUGAGGUUCUUCCAGCGUUACCAUUUGGCAAGACACAGCCUCACUCAUACUGGGGUCAAGCCAUAUGCUUGCACUAUGUGUGACAUGAGGUUUAUUCAACGUUACCAGCUGGAGAGACACAGUCUUACUCACACAGGGGUGAAGCCGUACGCUUGCACCAUGUGUGACAAGAGGUUUUUUCAGCGCUACCACCUGGCGAGACACAGCCUCACUCAUAUGGGUGUGAAACCUUAUGCUUGCACCAUGUGUGACAUGAAGUUUUUUCAGCGUUACCACCUGGCGAGACACAGCCUCACUCAUACCGGUGUGAAACCUUAUGCUUGCACCAUGUGCGACAAGAGGUUUUUUCAGCGCUACCACCUGGCGAGACACAGCCUCACUCAUAUGGGUGUGAAACCUUUUGCUUGUACCAUGUGUGACAUGAGGUUUGUUCAGCGUUACCACCUGGCGAGACACAGCCUCACUCAUACGGGUGUGAAACCUUAUGCUUGCACCAUGUGCGACAAGAGGUUUUUUCAGCGCUACCACCUGGCGAGACACAGCCUGACUCAUAUGGGUGUGAAACCUUUUGCUUGCACCAUGUGUGACAUGAGGUUUGUGCAGCGUUACCACCUGGCGAGACACAGCCUCACUCAUACGGGGGUGAAGCCGUAUGCUUGUUCCAUGUGUGACAUGAGGUUUAUUCAGCGUAACCACCUGGAGAGACACAGCCUCACUCAUACGGGAGAGAAGCCAUUUGCUUGUGACAUGUGUGAUAUGAGGUUUAUUCAGCGCUACCACCUUGAGAGACACAAGCGUGUCCAUAGCGGGGAGAAGCCUUACCAGUGCGAACGAUGCCAGCAGAACUUUUCCCGCACGGACCGGCUGUUGCGGCAUCGCCGGCUGUGCCAGGGCCGCAGCGUCGCCAAAGUGGAGAGCCAGCCGUGCUGCGAGCCGCGCCCGUACCCCCAGGAGCCGCCGCCCGCGCCGCCCACCUGGAGCCCCCUGCACCCGCCGCCCGGGCGCCUGGCCGUCUGACAUUCCGUCUUCCCCGCAGCCGCCGCCGCGCCGGCGGAGACGGGACACGCCACAGGGUUUCUUCUGCUCGGCUCUGUGCGGAGUGACGCCACAUUCUAGCACAGACUGACACCGCAGCUCCAGUCAUGGGAUUAAUGACGGCGGGACGUUUCUGUUUCUGGUUUUCUGUUGAAUUUUUACUGUUUGCUUUUCCUCCCUGUUGUUUUUUUUUUUUUUUUUUUUUUUUUUUUUUUUAAGAUGAGACUUUUCUGUGAUGAACAGUGGUCCGGUUUUUUUGUACUUAAUCUAUUUGAUUUUUGCAAAAGAAAAACAAAAACAGUUUUUAUUGUUGGAAAACAAAAAAAUCUGCAUUCGGUGGUACUCUGGAGGGUAUUGAUCCUGACGCGUUGGCAACAAGUGGGAUGAGGAGGUGGAGGAAAUAUUUGAUCCUUUUGUUUUUCUUCUUCUUCUUUCCUGUUCGGCCCAUUUCGUGAGUCAGAACCUUCGCACUCAUGAAUUCUUGACCGUGACGCAGCACACACCUUUCUCAACCUGCAGACUCAGAUGUUAUUGAUUAUCGUGUAAAUAACAGUUGUUCAUUUUUGUUCUCUUUCUCAUGCAAAAAAAAAAAAUGGGCCAGUAAGAAGUAGAAGGAAAAAAAAAAAUGGUUCGAAUACAUUCCGUCACCGCCGUCGCAGUCGAGAGGAAACCGAAAUAACUUUUGUGAGUCGUUAAAAAGAAAUAUCAGCAACUGUAUAACCGGGACUUCCAGGGAAAUGAACUGGAAGGGGGCGACGCGGCGGAGGAGCGCCGCGUGUCGCCGGCGCGGCGGGAACCGGGCGGCGGUCCUCACCGUCCCCCUUUCACGAGUACUGAGAGUGUGUGCUGUUGUACGCUCAGCUGUAUAUAUGCAUAUAUAUAUGCACAGAUCUCCAGUACAAGAGCAGGAACGAGUCUCUCCUGGUGUAAAAUAAUGCAGGUCGGCCACUCGGAGUCCCCUUACGUUUGUACAGAUUGUCACAUUGUGAGAUUUGCGAGGGUAUACAAACUCUUGUGGCCUUAGUAUGUUCCUCUCUUUCUCUUUUUGUUAUAUUUUCAUUUGCCUUUUUCACAACAGUUUAUUAUUGUGGAUCUGAUGUAUUUACUAGCCUUUCAUCAUCAUCAUCAUCCUCCUUUUUUUUUAUUGUUUUCAUGGUAAAGCGAUCGUAGUUACUGAAUGUUGAUGGCUUCAGGCGCUAAACCAGACUGACACGUCGUCCUAUCGAGAGGUCAUCUUAAUGCUGAAGAUUUUGGGGUCGUCGUUACUGAUAGCGGUGUAACACGGUGUAUAAUCCUGAAGGAGCCCCACCCCCGCCCCCUCCCCCGGAAGUGUUGACAGUCGUUGUGAGAAGUACGUAGUGCUAAAUGGUUUCCCACUGCAGUGCUUUGGCCGCGUCCGGCUCUGCCACGCACUAACGAUUGCCUUUCAUCCAGAUAUUCUGUGGUCGGUGUGUAAUAAUGGCUGUCUGUCAUGUCAAUGGGUUUAGCCUUAAGUGAGUCGCGGACACACAAAAUAAUCCUCGUAGUACUAAAUGAUCUUUUUUUUUUUUUUUGUAACAUACGAGUUGUGUAUGAUGAGCUUCUUCGGUCGUGCCGUGGAAAAGCUGCGACGGUCAAACGGCAGAGUGGUGCCACUUCAGGGCCGCUCCGCCGCUUGUAGACGAAUUUCUCAAACUUGAUCCUUUUCUGGCGGCAGCGAGCUUCCUGAGGGGCGGAGUGUGGACGUGGGCCCGGCAGUGGCUCCGUCCGGAAGCUUUCAGUGACACGGAGGCAGAGACUCGAUGACUCAAAGUAAACCCUGCGGCGGCGAAGUGGGCCGAGUUUGAGAAACGCAAUAGAUUGCUGUGGAAACACUAUUCCUAAACUGUUGAAGGGACACUGCUGGUGCGAGCACAUACUGAAAACGGCUAAAGGGCAAUACAGUAUAUAGUUAACGACACUUGUUAAUACCAUUUUGUCAUUUAUUGUUUUUAGUAUUAUCAUUCUCAUUGUUCCAAUGCAAUAGAAUCCUUGAGUCUCAGAUCAUUUGUUAUAAGAUUGAGGUUAACUUUUUUUUUUUUUUUUCUGCAGACGGAUUGAAAGAAAUAUUUGUCUUGGGAGUUUCUCAUCGCAUUUUGAUGAUUGUUUCAAGGACCUUUUUUAUUCUGAUAAAAUUGUAAACACUGGAGUGAAAGGAAAAAAGACAAAAAAAUAGAUAUGGAUUUUUUUUUUUCCUUUUAAACUGUACUAGAUUUUAGGUUUUGGACAAAGCCAAUUUCUCCUCAAGUCUGUGCAGAAGGUGGACAGAACAAUUUGGAUCAGUACAGUUGAGAGCCCAGUAUGUUUGGUAAUUUUGACAUUUGAGGCGGUAGUACCACAAGAAAAUGUUUUCUUUCUUAUACAAAGUCCCUGGUAUUUGUAGUAAAUUAUAUUGAUAAUGGUAUUAGAUGAACAACAGCAUAACAGUAGCUUUCACAGAUUAGUUGUUUUCUUUAUUAGUCUUGCAUGCAGAGUUAUGGUCCUCAUUUAAAAAGAAAAAAAAAAGGAUCUUGAUAUUGAUUAUUUUGUGUAGGAAAAUGAGUGCAUAAGAAUAACUUCCUAAAAAAAAAAAA